GUGUGCGUGCGUGCGUGCGUGUUUGCGUGUGGUCACAGUUCCCGCCAUCAGCCGCUCUCCCUGACUAGGGGGAGUGAGCGGCCCCUCUUCUUCGUCCCCGGUGUCCCUUUCCUUCCUUACCCCCGGCUCCUCCCCCUCCGCGCGGACUCUGUGCUUCCGGCAGGCCAGUGCAGGGCUCCGGACCCGAAGGCACAGCUGAGUUGAUGGCUUCCGGAGAACUGGCAUAGCUGCAAAAUAUGAGUAGUUCCCCAAGAAGAGUGCAUUGCCUUUGGCACAAGGAUCAGAAUAAAGGUGAAUUGUUAUUACAUAGGGUUUUUCAGUAAAAGUCACUGAAAAAAUCUGUCAGGUGAAGGUGUAUUUUUGCUUUUUAAUUUGGCUAGAAGCAAUUUAUUUUUAAAGAAAGUAUGUCUCCUCUGAAGAUACACGGUCCUAUCAGAAUUCGAAGUAUGCAGACUGGAAUUACAAAAUGGAAAGAGGGGUCCUUUGAAAUUGUGGAAAAAGAGAAUAAAGUCAGCCUAGUAGUUCACUACAACACUGGAGGAAUUCCAAGGAUAUUUCAGCUAAGUCAUAACAUUAAAAAUGUGGUGCUUCGACCCAGUGGAGCGAAACAAAGCCGCCUAAUGUUAACUCUACAGGAUAACAGCUUCUUGUCUAUUGACAAAGUACCAAGUAAGGAUGCAGAGGAAAUGAGGUUGUUUCUAGAUGCAGUCCAUCAAAACAGACUUCAUGCAGCCAUGAAACCUUCUCAGGGGUCUGGUAGUUUUGGAGCUAUUCUGGGCAGCAGGACUUCACAGAAGGAAACCAACAGGCAGCUUUCUUACUCAGACAAUCAGGCAUCUUCAAAAAGAGGAAGUUUGGAAACUAAAGAUGAUAUUCCAUUUCGAAAAGUUCUUGGUAAUCCAGGUAGAGGGUCAAUUAAGACUGCAACAGGAAGUGGACUACCUGUCACCCGGACAAUUCCUUCUUUGACAUCUACAUCAACCCCUCUUAGAUCAGGGUUAUUAGAAAAUAGGACUGAAAAGAGGAAAAGAAUGUUAUCUGGCUCAGAGUUGAGUGAAGAUUACCCUAAGGAAAAUGAUUCAUCAUCGAACAACAAGGCUAUGACAGAUCCCUCCAGAAAGUAUUUAACCAGCAGCAGAGAGAAGCAGCUGAGUUUGAAACAGUCAGAAGAGAAUAGGACAUCAGGGCUUUUACCUUUACAGUCAUCAUCCUUUUAUGGCAGCAGAACUGGAUCCAAGGACUACUCCUCUGGUAGCACUAACUUAGACAGGACCAAUGUUUCAAGCCAAACUCCCUCUGCCAAAAGAAGUUUGGGAUUUCUUCCUCAACCAGCUCCUCUUUCUGUUAAAAAACUGAGGUGUAACCAGGAUUACACUGGCUGGAACAAACCAAGAGUGCCCCUUUCCUCUCACCAACAGCAGCAACUUCAGGGGUUUAUGGAUGCUCAUGAAUUUUUAAGUCAAUGCUUAGACCAGCUGAAAGAGGACAUGGAAAAGUUAAAUAAAACUUGGAAGACCGAACCUGUUCCCGGAGAAGAAAAUUCGUCAGAUAUUUCAGCCACAAGGGUGUACACUUGCCCUGUUAUUACUAACUUGGAGUUUGAGGUUCAGCACUCCAUCAUCUGUAAAGCAUGUGGAGAAAUUAUUCCCAAAAGAGAACAGUUUAAUGACCUCUCCAUUGACCUUCCUCGAAGGAAAAAGCCACUCCCUCCUCGUUCAAUUCAAGAUUCUCUUGAUCUUUUCUUUAGGGCAGAAGAACUUGAGUAUUCCUGUGAGAAGUGUGGUGGGAAGUGUGCUCUUGUCAGGCACAAAUUUAACAGGCUACCCAGGAUCCUCAUUCUUCAUUUAAAACGAUAUAGCUUCAAUGUCACUCUCUCACUUAACAACAAGAUUGGGCAGCAAGUCAUCAUUCCAAGAUACCUGACCCUAUCUUCUCAUUGCACUGAAAAUACAAAACCACCCUUCACCCUUGGUUGGAGUGCACAUAUGGCAAUUUCUAGACCAUUGAAAGCCUCUCAAAUGGUGAAUUCCUGCAUCACCAGCCCUUCUACACCUUCAAAGAAUUUCACCUUCAAAUCCAAGAGCUUGGCUUUAUGCCUUGAUUCAGACAGUGAGGAUGAGCUAAAACGCUCUGUGGCCCUUAGCCAGAGACUUUGUGAAAUGUCAGGCUGCGAACAGCAGCAGGAAGACCCGGAAAAAGAUUCAAAAUCAUGUAGAAUAGAGCCUGAUAAGUCUGAAUUGGAAAACUCCGGAUUUGACGGAAUGAGCGAAGAAGAGCUUCUAGCAGCUGUUUUAGAGAUGAGUAAGAGAGAAGCUUCACCAACUCUGAGUCAUGAAGAUGAUGAUAAACCAACCAGCAGCCCAGAUACCGGAUUUGCAGAAGAUGAUAUUCAAGAAAUGCCUGAAAAUCAAGACACUGUGGAGACUGAGAAACCCAAAACAGUCACAGAGACCGAUUCUGCCGGUUUUACUGAGAUAACUAAAGACUGUGAUGAGAAUAAAGAAAACAAAACUCCAGAAGGAUCUCAAGGAGAGGUUGAUUGGCUCCAGCAGUAUGAUAUGGAGCGUGAAAGGGAAGAGCAAGAGCUUCAGCAGGCAUUGGCUCAGAGCCUUCAAGAGCAAGAAGCUUGGGAACAGAAAGAAGACGAUGACCUCAAAAGAGCAACAGAGUUAAGUCUUCAAGAGUUUAACAACUCUUUUCUGGAUUCAUUGGGUUCCGAUGAGGACUCUGGCAAUGAGGAUGUUUUAGACAUGGAGUACACAGAAGCGGAGGCGGAGGAACUAAAAAGAAAUGCAGAGACAGGAAAUCUUCCUCAUUCUUAUCGGCUCAUUAGUGUUGUCAGUCACAUUGGUAGCACCUCUUCUUCAGGUCAUUACAUUAGUGAUGUGUACGACAUUAAGAAGCAGGCAUGGUUUACUUACAAUGAUCUCGAGGUAUCUAAAAUCCAGGAGGCUUCUGUGCAGAGUGAUCGGGACCGGAGUGGUUAUAUCUUCUUUUAUAUGCACAAGGAGAUCUUUGAUGAGCUGCUGGAAACGGAAAAGAAUUCUCAGGCACUUAGCAUGGAAGUGGGGAAGACCACUCGUCAGGCCUUGUGAGGAACAAACUCCUGGGUUGGCAGUGUGCACUGCUUAUUCCCUCCUACUGCUGCCCACCUCACCUUUCCUCUGCCCAAGGAGAAUUUGGAAUUCUACUUGAUGCGGGAGCAACAAACAGCUCAGGGCCAAACCAAAAGACGAAAAUUGCAAUUAUGUGGAACGCUCCAUGCUAAUUGUUUUAUGGAAACUUUGGUCUCACAUCUGUAGCUGAUUAUCCUCUUUUUCUCCUACAAGAGUGGCACUUCCUUUUGUCUUAGGAAUACGUGUUGUAAAUAAUAUAUAUAUGUACAUACACACACACACGUAUGUGGAAUGAAUGGAGCCUUAAAGAGUUAGGAUGAGCCACCAUAGUAUUCCUGUUCAAAAUUAAUAGCACAGCAGUUUGGAGAAGAAAUGAAGGUGUCAAAGAGUCCAUUCACCUGAGAGAUGUGUAAAGAUGUACAUAUUGGUUGGCAUUUAGUUUUUCUGUUCCUUGAGUAGUUUCACUCAAGUCUAUAAUCUUUCACAUGUGUUUCUUAUUAGUAAAGUUCACUGGAAAGCCAGCUCUCCAUGUUACACUAAUGACAGUUUGUCCUCCUUGCAAGGGAGAGGCAUUUCUGCCACCUGACGUGAGGAGCUUUUUUUUUUUUUUUUAAUUACUUCAUGGAUUUGUAAUGCUUUUGCUGUUUACAUGCAGUCCCAAGAAAUGGAUUGUUGGUGCUUUGGAAUGGGUUAUGGUCCCCCGUUUGGUAUUCAUUGUACACUUUGUAUUUUCUUUAAAAGAGAUUCUUCACACAGUAUAUUCAUCUAUAUUAUUAUGGUAGUGAAGAUAGAAUCUUUUCUUUUUCUUCUGUAUCAUUCUUCCAUGGAGCAAGCAUUACCCUAAUAGAUUGCAACCAAAAUUUUAAGAGGUAGGAAAAUAAUAUCCCAAUUGGGACUCCCCAGCAAGGACACCUGGGGAUAAGGAAGAAUGCUAGCAUCUGUCUGUCAUACAUGGAGAGGUCAGGAUGAGGAUUCUCGUGUUAAAGCUAAAAACUCUGGACCACUAGAAGCCCUACUGCAAGUGGGAAAUUAAGUACAUGAGCUUAGGAUGAAGCUUGAGCAUUUAAUCAUUUGUUGUCUGUCUUUGCCCUUAAAACAGGGUGAAAAUUAGAAUGAGAUUGGUUUAGGUAAUCCCAAGAACUAACAAGUAACAAAGGUGCAUAAUAUAUUUUAUCUUUUUAGGUGCUUUGAGUUGAGGCUAAAUGGGAAUGCAACAUUAAGUGCCACAUUAGUCACUCAGCUGGCGUAACCAGCUUGGAUAUUAAGCAGCCUGUGAAACCAUAUAAAGAAUGAGUUUGAGAGGAGAAUUCUAUCCACAGAAUAACUUUGUAAGCCCAGGAAUCAUUAGGUUCACACAGUUAAGUGUAGCAAAAUGAAACUUUCAAUAUUUUCUUUCAUGUUUUACUUCCUUUUAUUAUCAGGAAGGAGGGAAUUCUUGUUUCACUUCUGAGGUAGGGACAAAACCACAUCAGUUUUUUAAGGGGAGGAAACAUGUUAAAGUCCAUCAUCACAGAAGGUGCAACAUCUUUUCUAGAACAUUGCCUUAAGAGAGCACCAGACCCCACACUUGGACGUGUUCUGACGUAGUAACUUGUUCUAAAAUUCUCAGUUUUUAAAUUGUAAAUGGCCCCAGCGCGUUGGUUAACUACAGAUGAAAAGUUCGGCCUCCUACCAUUUACCUAUGCACUACCACAGUGAACAUUCCAAAAUGGUAUGCCGGUCGGUUGUGCGUGAAUAAUAUAGAGCAGAGGAAAAUAACUUUUAAAACUGUAGCUUUUGCUGGAAAAUAACUGGUUUUUUCCAAAAUGAGUGAAGUGGUGGUCAAAUUCUGUAGCUAGUUAGGACUUCUCUUCUGCGUGUUUGCAUUUGAGAGCUUCGAGAGGUGCUGUUUAAAACGACUGGAAAUGUAUUGAAGUGAGGGAUACAUUAGGGCAUUAAAAAAAAUAGAAAUGAUGCCAUAGGCCUGAUUGCCCAUGAAGUGCCCUCAUUUGACUUGCUUUUUGUAGCCUGUGUGUUUGUGUGUGGGUGUGUGGUUUGGAAGUACACGUGGCUUAGAAACCUGUUUUGAUUGGAUCUUCCUUUCUUGGGCUGGACUUGCUAAUUGAAAAUAGGUUACUGAGGUAGAUGAAUUAUCUUACUGCUGAUAUGCUUGCAACUUUGGGACUUGAAUUUCCUUGGUAGCUGUGCAUUUUUGUGGCCUUGUCAGCCUUCCUCCCUCCCUGUGCUCCUUAUUCCCCCUUUCACUACACUUCUCAUUUGGGUUCAUGACUACAGGUGGAAAUUUUAGCUUUGAAGGGGUUUAUUGGGUUUUUUUGAGCUGGGUGUAUAUAUUUAAAAAUUAUAAGUAGAUAAUAUAUAUAUAUAUAUAUAUUUUUUUUUUUUGCACAGUAUGAUCAGUUUGCUCAGAAUUGGGGGGGAUGGGGCAUUUGGUGUGUUGGGGCCAGGAAGGGACAAGUCAGAUGGGGACAGAGUGCUUCAGUCCCAGGCAGCCUACACAGUCACCUUUCUACUGAUAAUACCAAAUAUGGUUACAUCACUUUAAAUGACGUUGAAUUGGUACUUGACAGCACUUCGUUCUGCAGACAGCUGAUCUUAAUUGAAAUUUUUUGGAAGGGAAAACUAAAAUUCAAACUUACUGAUUCUUACCACCUAGUAUUAUGGAGAAUUGGAAGUUGCAUAUAGCCAGAUAGUUGCUGCCCCUUUAGUAGCCAUGACUCUAAUUUAGGCCUAUGAGAUAGACUCUGUUUUGCGGGGAAUGUAUUUAUAGUGUGUGCACACUCAUGCGUUUUGUGUCAGCAGGAUAGAAUAAAAACAGCAAGUCCAUGAAUUGUUCUUCUAUUUACAUUUUGAUUCCAAAAGCUAUUUGUUUACUUGCCAUGGUCUCUUAAUUUCGGGCCUAACUUAAUGGCUCAGUAACAGAUGUAACAAAUGUAAAUGUGUUUACAUUUUUAAAAGUAUACAGAGAUACUUACAAAUCAGCUGAUUAACUCUGGGAGGCAAAUAGUAGACUAUACAUUUCUUUACUUCUCUUUUUGUUCAAGUGUAGAAUUUUUCCAAAAGAGAAACUUUAAGAAUUAAAACCUCAGCAAGUGAAUUCAUGAAUUUACUUAUUUUUCCAUACUGCAGUUACCAUUAUGUUACUAUAUAAACAAAGCUCUACAUGUGUACAGCUACGAAUAUAGUUGUAUAAUGGAAAUUAUUUGGAAACAUCUAAAUUGAAGAGAUUUUUGACAGUGUCUAUAUAGUUGAGUGUUAUGAGUAUAGAGAGAGCAUGGGGGUGAGGUUUGGAACCAUACAGAAAAAAAGUAGUUUGUAAACUCAUUCGUGAUCUGAAAAGAGUUUAUACUAAAACAAAUAAAAAUAUUACUCUUCUUUCUUUGUCCUCUGAAAUGAGUGCAGUGGAUGCACUUAGUCAUCCAAACUUUUUUUUUUUUUUUUUUUUUGGUUCUUUGCUUUAAUUGGCACCCCCUACCCUGCGCCCCCAUAGGCGGUCUUUUGUUUUAAAUCAGGGAAACAGAGCUAGAUCUCCCAAGUACAUUUGGAUCUUGUAUAUAUAUGUAUGGAGAUUUUUAGAAACACCAACAACCCAGUACCAGAUGCAAGUCCCAUGAGUGUCCCCGAAAAACAGGCGUGUCUUUUUCCUUCUCCCCAUCUUGCUUUACCACUGAGUAAUGCUCUCUUUAAGUGUGUACAAAAACUACUGGGUUUCUGCCAUCUGAUGUCUUUUGAAUGCAGUACUUCAAAAUUCUAAUUUUGUCUCUAUUGGUAGGUCUUAAUAACAUCUGAAAAACAUAGAUAUUUUAUUGGAAAACUACAGUUCGGUAGACCUUGAGAGUUUUGUGACGUUCUUCAGCUGUGCGUCACCACAGUCACUGGCUCCUUUAUGGCAUGCUUUGAUUACUAGACUUCAGGCAGUCUUUUCCGUUGUAUCAUAUUUAUACACAGCAAAUUUUUCUUUCCAUGUGUGCUAUAUGUCUGAGGUUUUGAAGUUUUUAAUAAAAAGUGUGCCAGUGUAAGUGUAAGCAGUUGAUUUUAGUAACAUUGGACUUUUCUAAAGUACAUUAAGAGGUUCAAAGUAUAGGCAUGUUCGCUGGUGAAACCAUAGAGGGGAUGAGGUUCUGGAUCAAGACCCAAGUUCGGUAGGUCAAAUGCCAAAACGAGCAAUCAGCUGACCUGGCCUGUUUCAAGAACAGAGGGGAUGCGGGGAGUGAGACCACACACCUAUCGUCCCCAGGUUUCCCUCCCUCUCUGAGCUUGUCUUUGCAUCCCAAUUCCUCUGGCCUGUUGUCAGUGUGGUUUACUUAUGCUGUGGAGAGGAAAACAGAAGGAAGGGUCCUACACUUUGCCUAAUUGAGCCACUACCAGAUUUGCUGGCAGCUUUGGCCACAUUAUUUGUGAGGUGAUUUUCUUUCUUUGUGUUCAGAGUGACUUGAUUCUGAUUCUUUAUGUUGUUUCGUAUGGAGCGGCACUUUAUCUGUGUUUUAGCAGAACUGUUCCUCUAUCCUUUACGGUUUUUCCUUGUUUUUGUUUCCUUUUUAAAUUAUGCAUAGAGUUUUUUGUGUGUGUGAAAUUAAAGCCUUUAUUAACCUUG